AUGAGGUCCGCGGGAGCUCGAGUUGACACGGAGAUUGAGGACGAAGUGACCUUGCUGGGUUGGAAGGUCUUGCUUUUCUUUUUGGUUGUGUGCUUGGUAGCUGCUGGAUUGUCAUGGAUGUGGAAGAAGAUCAAGCGCCUCGAAUGGGCACUGGUUCGAUUGCAGAACGAGCUGGAUGUGCUCGUUCUGGCUGACUUCUCCAAUAGCCUACAUGAGAUGGAGCUCACAUGGAGCAUGCAAAUGUACUACACCGAGGAUCCGCCAGGGCUUGAUCUAUGCGGAUGGCUAUGUGCAAGAGCCGUCAAUCAAGCCUGA